CUUUGGAAUGCGAAACUUGCGUCGGCAUUGGCAAAGGCUGUUCUGGCGACCAGAUGACUUGUCCUGCCGGCCUUGAUUCCUGCGCUGUGGGUCUGACUGAAUCAUCAGUAGGUCCAGUAAGAGUUGAAGUGAUAGUGAAGGGAUGUACAUCUUCCGACAGUUGCAAAAAAGGACCGAUAUAUGCAAAUUUCGGGCGAGGAAAAGCACGGGGAAGUGUGAUCUGCUGCACGGGGACCGCCUGUCAACGGGCGUCUCCUCAAUUGCCGCCGAUAAACGCCACGGCCAAUGGAAUGCGAUGCCCAGCCUGCUAUUCUUUAUCAAGUUCAUGUGUGACGGAGGUGGCCUAUUGUACUGGCUCCGAGAUCUACUGCAUGGAUGCCCAUUUACAUAAUGAUGCCGGGGUCUUAAUGGAUACCACCAUGAAGGGCUGCGCUUCUGAGCAGAUCUGUUUCGGGUUAAAAACUGGCAUUAAUAGCUUCGGGAAAGCUCAAACAGGUCAUUGCCGAGCCGCCAACAAGGGGUCUCCAGUGUCUGGAUCCAUCCUUCUGGUUCUCUCUGGGAUCUUGGCGACGAAGGUCUUCUUUUAGUCUUCCUCUCGCAUCAAUACAGCUCGGAAGGGAGGGUUUCCCCUCAAUUCCGUGCCAUCUUCUCUGCAUUCUGUUCCGUGGCUCUUGAGAGGGACUGGUCCUCUGCAGUUUAUUAAAAUUAACAAAAUGCACAAUGCUUUGUUCUAACCUGCACAGCAGAAAACUGUAUAAAGUUCAAUUACAGUGUGUACAAAAGAGCCAAACAUGUAUAGUGUUAAA